UUCUUGACAAUUUACGCAAGCUGUUUUGUUUACAAUUUGUGUAGUACGGUAUUUUCGCACGCUGGAAGUUUGCUUUUAGUUUUUUUUUUCAAUUAGACGUCGAUAUAGUAGUACGUUUUAUUAAAAAUUGAAAUGGAGGCUGCACAGAAUGAUUCCAACAAUCUAACACCUGAAGUAAUAAAGAAAUUGAUAGAAAGUGCACAUGAAGCAAAAAAAAAAUCGCACUCGCCUUACAGUAACUUCCGAGUUGGUGCCGCUAUCUUGACGGAAGAGGGGAAAACAAUUAGAGGUUGCAAUGUUGAAAAUGCAUCAUACACACUGGGCUUGUGUGCUGAGAGAGUCGCAAUUUUUAAGGCUGUUUCCGAUGGAUACACCAACUUCAAGGCCUUGGCAAUAGCAUGUGAUGUCAAAGAUGCUGACUUGGCACCAUGUGGAGCUUGCAGACAAAUAAUGCAUGAGGAAUCAAAGAAUCUAGAGAUUUUCGAAAUUUCUGUGUCGCUCAUACUCAUUCACGUAUUCAAGUACUGUAUUGUUAUUCAUCAAAAUCGCGUUUGGAGGAGAAUAUAAAGUGAUACUGUCGCGGACCGACUUCACCUAUAGAACGAUGACGAUGAAGGAACUUCUGCCCAUGGGGUUUGGACAACAGGAUUUGAAAAGACCGAGAAUGAAUUAUAAUAACAAUAACUAAUACCGAUAAACCAAUGAGUUAAUUUAAAAACAUAACCCAAAUAAUUAUUUUCAAAGUAUUUUUUAACGUAAAGGUUAUCUAUUGUACUUGUCUAUUCUAAAGGUUGUCUAUUCUACUUAUUUUCCUAUAAAAAAAUUCUUAGUACAGGUAACAAUUCCUAUUGCCAAACAACAGUACUUUUUAUUUAACACAUAAAAAAUAAAUUAUUAUUGCAGACAUUAAUGUUACAUUACGGUUGUAUGGUAUACAUAGUUUUUGAGACUGAAUUUCUAGAUGUUAUAUUUUUUACAUAUUUUAAAUACCAGUAUCUUUGUAAAAAUCGCUUUUAAAACAUCUGUCUUCCAAUUGUUAUCUAGAAUUGUAAAGGUGUGUAGUUAUACAUCGGAAAACCCCAAAUUAUGAUCAAUAAAUACUAUGUGUAUUUAUAUUAAAAAUGUGUGCUGUUACCAGUUAUUAAUUGCUAUUGAUAAUAUACAAGAUAAAAUGAAUUUAGUGAAAAUUAUUAAUUCCUUUUUAUUAGUCUGCUUUUUAAAGAAUUUAAUAAGUAGUAAUGAAUUUUUAAAAAGUAAUGCAGAAUAUUUAUAACUACCAUAAGCCAUGACAGGUUAAGGAAUUUAUUUAUAUAUUUUGUAAUUAUAUACUAUAGUCAGUAAGGUAGUACAGAUUUGCAAUAAAUGUUUUUAACACAA